UGCCAUUUCCACCACAUUGCUUACGUAAAACACAUAAAGAAUACUGCAAAUUUUUUUUGUACUUUAAGAACAUCUGGAUCCUGAUAGCACAAAAAGUGUGCCUGGCAGUUGAACUUGUAUUAAGAUCAACAAGUGCACCUUUCCUUAAUACAUAUACCUAGUCACAAACAGCAACAUGUCGAGGCAGGGACAGAGAUUCAGAGCGAUAAAAGAUGACACCAACAAUCCAACUCUCUUUAAGAUAACGCAAUCACAGACAUUUCUUGAAGAUGAAACAGUUUUAUCUCAUGUGGACGAAUUCAUCAACAAUCACCCCUUGAACUCUAUAACUGCAAACACAGGAGACUUGGCUUCUGUAUCAUCCUCGACUUACACUGGAAUAAACCCAACCGUUUUAUCCCAGUUGAAUCGUUUGCAGAGAAACUUAAGAGGCCUUCCUCCUCUUUUCGAUGAUGAAAACCCGAUUGCUACCACCAGUAAGCCACAGGCAGAACUCUCGGAGGUUCAGGUAGGUCCCAAAGUUAACAAGAAGAUCGUUUUCGACGAAUGAUUCUUAUAUAACUGCUAUCUAACUAUGAAUUUAUAGAACCUCUCUCUUUUUAAGCUCAAACUUUAUCAAAUAAUCGACGCGUCGAUAAUUCCUUUAUCAUGAUGUAUGUAACAUUAAUUUCUUUGCCAUAUGUUUACGAAUCCGUGACAUGAUUUAUCACUCUCCCGGCUUACUCUAUCCUCCUUUCAUCACCAGGAUACCUCUGAUCUGCAGCCAAUAGGGUGACAAUAACUUAAAGUUCUGAAAAUAUCCUAGUAUGACAGAACUACUCGACAAUUCGAGGUCCUCGUCUACUACGCACCUUGUGAGUUUAAACUCCUACCCUUCUCCAGCAAUCUCAAAUGGUGUUGAUAACAACGACGAUGCGGCAAAUAACUCCAGCGUAACCGAAAACAUAAUAGCUAACCUAC